GGGACCAAUUAGUUGUUAGCGCUACAGCGAGUCAUACAACUGAAUACUAUAUACAAUAUAGCCAACUAAAAACGAGCGCCAGCAACAUGGACUACGCCAAAGUGGAUGCCAGCAUCAAUACGGGCAACAUAAGCACCGAUGAAUUCUUAGCGGUAUUCACCAGCAGCACCGCUGCCAGCGCCAGCGCCACCGCCCUGCCGCUCAACAAUUCGACACUCAAUCCGCCACUGCUAACCGUCGAUGGCCAGCUGCCCAACAGCAUGCUGGAGCUGCCGCUGCCAGGCAACGAGACCUUCUAUCUGCUCAACGGCACGCUCUACAACAGCGGACUGCAGCUGGCGGGCAGCUACUAUAAUCAAACGGCCAGCAGCAAUCUCAGCUCGCUGCUGGCCAACAAUGCCAGCAAUGCCAGCGAGGUGCACUGGGACGGACGCUAUCCGAGCGGCUAUACGCUGACGCACAUUAUCAUUGCCUCAAUUAUUGUCACCAUACUGAUGAUCAUCAUUGUGGUGGGCAAUAUGCUGGUGAUCAUUGCCAUAGCCACUGAAAAGUCGCUUAAGAACAUACAGAACUGGUUCAUAGCCUCGCUGGCGGUGGCGGAUUUCUUUCUGGGGCUCAUCAUCAUGCCCUUCUCGCUGGCCAACGAGCUCAUGGGCUACUGGAUCUUUGGCAGCUGGUGGUGCGACAUACACUCCGCCAUGGAUGUGCUGCUGUGCACAGCUUCGAUUAUGAAUCUCUGUCUCAUUUCGCUGGAUCGCUAUUGGAGCAUCACCAAGGCCGUUGAUUAUUUAAAAUCGCGCACGCCCGCACGUGCGGCGGUCAUGAUUACCGCCGUAUGGAUCAUGUCGGCCUUGAUAUGCAUACCGCCGCUGCUUGGCUGGAAGGUGAAGAUGCCCGAGGGGCCGCUGCCCAAGUGUGAGCUAAGCGAGGACAUUGGUUAUGUGCUGUAUUCGGCGCUGGGCUCCUUCUACAUACCCAGCUGCAUUAUGGUCUUUGUGUAUAUACGAAUUUAUUUUGCUGCCAAGGCGCGCGCCAGACGCGGCAUUAAAAAACAUCCGCGCAAAACAAACAACGAACAGGUAACGAGCUUCACCACCGCCAACAAGAAAGGCACCAUACCGAUGCCAUCCUCGAGCGGCGCUGCAGCAAUGCAACAGCAUCAGCAGCGCCAAAUUGCCACCAUUGAGACACCACCGAACAGCGCAACGCUGCCGAUGCAAAUACCCACGGUCACCAUGGAUCUGGCCUCGGACAUUUCCACCUCCGAAGCGGGCGAGCUGGAGGCGGUGGCAGCGCAAACAGCGCUCGCCUAUGCAGCAAACCCAAAUGGCAGCAGCAACAGUGCGCACAACAACGCAGCAGCCGACACGCCCACAUCGCCCAAGGAAACGUUGCAGGUGAGCACGAUAGCAACGGGCCAUGGCAUUGGCCUCAACGUGCCCGUGCCGCCCUCCAUGAGCACCAACAAUGUGCUGAACAACAACAACGGCAGCGUGGCCAGCGAUGCUGCCGCUGGCGCCAACUUGGCUGCCGGCAACAGUGGCGCAACAGGCGCAACCAGAGCACAGGCUGGCGGCGGCAACGAGCUGCGUGUGUCGCCUAUUGCGGCGCGUUGCCGCGCACUCUCCGUGGGCAUUGACACGGACAUGGUGAGUGAAUUCGAUCCUUCCAGCUCGGACUCGGGCGUUGUCAGUCGCUGUGCCGUGGUCAAGCCGCUCAAGUUUCGCCUGUGUCAGCCCAUUUUUGGGCGCAAGGCCAAGCAGCAGCGUCGCAACGAGUCCAAAGCAGCAGCUGCGGCAGCUGCAGCGGCGACGGCCAAACAAAAUGCGGCGGCUUUAAGCAAAAGCAAGGAAUUGGUUAUCAAAACAGAGCUGGAGCCAGCCAUACCCAAGACGCCGAAGCCGCGCGAUCCGGAGAAGGAAAAGCGUCGCAUAGCGCGCAAAAAGGAAAAACGUGCGACUUUGAUUUUGGGCCUCAUCAUGGGCAGCUUCAUUGCCUGCUGGCUGCCGUUCUUCUUUCUGUACAUACUUGUGCCCGCCUGUAGCAGUCACUGCACCAUUCCGGACUCGGCGUUCGCGAUUGCCUUCUGGCUGGGCUACAUGAACUCCGCGCUCAAUCCGGCCAUCUAUACCAUAUUCAACAAGGACUUCCGGCGCGCCUUUCGACGCAUACUGUUCAAGUGAUGUUUGGCCUACGUGUGCUGCUACAGGUGCGUUUAUGCGAGCAUCGAGAAGGCUACCGAACGCGCCAUGGGCAGCACACCCAUGGGCUAUGGGCAUGGCAUGUAUCAGCACUACAAGCGUUAAGCGAAUCGCUUGGCUUGGCUGAGCAUUUUAAAUUGAAAUUGAAACUGUUUUUCAUUUUUAAUUAUGAUUUUGAAAAGUAACGAACAUUGUAGCUCAUUUC